UUGGGUAGGCCCGCCACGCCAGGCACGGGCGGCGCCGCUCUCGCGAGACUUGGGGGCGUGUAUGUGCGGGCCGCGAGCGGAAGUGGGUCCUUUUCCUGCAGCGGCGCGGCGCGGCGAGGAUGAAGCUGAACAUCUCUUUCCCGGCCACUGGCUGCCAGAAACUCAUUGAAGUGGAUGAUGAGCGCAAGCUGAGAACAUUCUAUGAGAAACGGAUGGCCACGGAGGUUGCAGCUGAUUCUCUUGGUGAGGAGUGGAAGGGCUAUGUUGUCCGCAUCAGUGGUGGCAAUGACAAACAAGGCUUCCCCAUGAAGCAAGGUGUCCUGACUCAUGGACGUGUCCGCCUUCUGCUCAGCAAGGGCCAUUCCUGCUACCGCCCCAGAAGAACUGGAGAGAGAAAACGCAAAUCUGUUCGUGGUUGCAUCGUUGAUGCCAACUUGAGUGUUCUGAACUUGGUCAUAGUGAAAAAGGGUGAAAAGGAUAUUCCUGGGCUGACAGACACAACUGUGCCUCGUCGUCUUGGUCCCAAGAGGGCUAGCAGAAUCCGCAAACUGUUCAACCUGUCUAAGGAGGAUGAUGUUCGCCAGUAUGUUGUGAGGAAGCCUCUGAACAAAGAGGGCAAGAAACCCCGAACCAAGGCCCCUAAGAUCCAGCGACUAGUGACUCCUCGAGUUCUGCAACAUAAGCGCAGACGUAUUGCUCUGAAGAAGCAGCGCACUCAAAAGAAUAAGGAGGAAGCAGCAGAAUAUGCAAAGCUCUUGGCCAAGAGAAUGAAGGAAGCCAAGGAGAAACGCCAGGAGCAGAUUGCAAAGAGACGCCGGCUUUCUUCAUUGAGAGCUUCUACAUCCAAGUCUGAGUCCAGUCAGAAGUAGAGAUGCACAUGAAGCUAAAAAUAAACCCUUUUUGUGGUUAUUAUAAACCUGAGCAUGCAUGUUGAUUUUUCUGUAGGCAGGAUUUACCUGUAAUGGCAAAGUCCUGUGUGAUGGUGCAGCAGUGUCCACAGGAACUAAACUUAAGCUGAUCUUUAGGAGCUGUGGGUAGAAGUCACUUGGUGCUGUUCAGCGGUUGGUUUGUUGUUUGUGGGUUUUUUAAUCUUAAGUACAAGAUAGUGUUUCCAGUUGAGGAAUUGUGGCACUUGCUUUUGAUACUGAGUGUAACAUUGGUAAAACGUAAACCUUCAGCUGAUUCUUGGCAGAAUUUAGUUCAAUUGAGUCAGCCACUGGAACAGGCUCUCCAGGGUGAAGUGGUCAGGGCACCAAGCCUGUCAGAGUUCAAGGAGCGUCUGGAUGAGGCUCUGAGUCAUGGUUUAGUGUUAGGUAGUCCUGUGAGGGAGUUGGACUUGAUCCUUAUGGAUCCCAUCCAGCUCAAGAUACUGUAUAAUUCUGUAAGUAUUUCAGUAUUCUGCUCUUGAAAUUGGUACUGAAUACUGAGCAUGAGUAAGCCAGCCUUUAAAAGGUUUGACUUAGAAAUUUCACUGAAGGGUAACAAACUUUACAGUAGCCUUUAUGUAUUCAGACUGUACUUUGUGCAGACCUCGUACCAGGUAAGGGUGAUGGGAAUUCUGCUCUGACUUAAGAAUACAUGUUAAGUGUUUGAUGUUAGAAUGGUCUGUGGCUAAAUAGAUUGUCUUGGUUCUUAAAAUAGUAAUUAGGAUCCACCUCAGUUUUUGUUGAGAUAGGUGCUUCUGUUUCUAGUAUAAAAAACUGCAAUACAUUAAGCUUUACUGCAGCCUUAGAGGUUACGAAGCUUUUCUUUUUUUCCUUCCUGUGUGCAUGGAAAGGCUCUUUAAGUCAGGGCCCCAUGACUGUCUAGAAGCAGUUUUUUUAAUACCCUGAACGUGGAAUCUGGAGUCCAGAAAAUGAGAGUUGCAAAACAUACAUAAGGUGAACUAAAUAUAUCACUGUAUUUCUU